AUGAAUAGGCCUGGAGAUUGGAACUGCCGGUCGUGUAGCCACCUCAACUUCCAGAGGAGGGAUUCGUGCCAACGCUGCGGAGAGCCCAGACUCGGCGUCAUUACCGACUUAGUCACCGGAUUUGCUGGCCGUCCACUCAGCAGCUCCUUUGGUUUCAACACAGGGCCUGACGUGCGACCCGGUGAUUGGUACUGCAGCCUUGGGAAUUGCGGGACACACAAUUUCGCCAGUAGGUCUAGCUGUUUCAAGUGCGGUGCAGCGAAAGAUGAGUCUUUGCGUUCGGCUGCCACUGGGUUUAUAGACAUGAGUGAUGGUCCCAGACGUGGCCUUUUUGGUUUUGGUAGCAGCAGUGGUGGUGGUGGCGGCGGCGGCACCGGUCGUUCUUCUUGGAAAUCUGGAGAUUGGAUUUGCUCAAGGCCAGGCUGCAAUGAACAUAACUUUGCAAGCAGGUCAGAGUGUUUCAGGUGCAACGCCCCGAAGGACCAUGCCACCAUUCCACCUUACUAG